AAGUUUAGUUAAUUACGUCAGUAAAGUGACAGGCUUCUGGGGUUGUUUUAGCUGGCUGUGAGCAUGCCGCGGAGGAAACUUCGCAAAUCCAAACAAAAAUGGAAGAACAGAGAGGAGGACAAAGCGAAAAUCAUCAUCAUCAGCGUCGAGGAAGAGUCUGUCAGGGCGACGUGUGAGGAGGCGUGUGUGUGUGAGCGCGAGACACAGAAACAGAAGUCCUCUGGCCGUAAACAGAAGACAUCGAAACAAGUGCAUUUCACCGUGCUGCCGGACAGAUACGAGCCUCUAGAGGAGGACAGAGCCUCGGACACAGCUAUAGACGAGAACAAGGACAAUCAGGAGAAAUAUAAAAGGUUCAGAAAAAACUUUGGAAAAGCUCUUCGCUACACCUGGAAGUGUCUGGUCGUUGGACUGCAGAGUUUCAGCACGUCAUACUCCGGGCCACUGAGUGCAGCUUCCACCCUGGUGCCUGAUAUCCAGAGGACAAAGCCUAAAGCAUGAUGGGACAAAAUAUGAUAAUCAUUUAACAAUGAACCAGCCCCCUCUCAGUAUUUUAUAACAUUUUAAGGUAUGAUGCUUGACAAAAUGUAGGGAAUUUCUGUAUCUCUUUUUAUGUGAUUGGUUCGUAAACAGUCCUGAUACAAUGUGGGUGUCACUCAGUGUUUCAGAUUGCUCUUGUUCAUCUUAACCACCUACAGGUCUGAACAUAAUGUGAACCGGAUUAGAAUUUUGUUUGCUUUUAAAAGGAGAAGUAGUCCUGUUUUCCAACAAACAGCGAUAAUAAGGAGUUAUUUUUCAUUCUUUUAUUUUUUUGUGGUGGCUCAUCUCCAUGACAGUCUUAAAGACUGGUUCUUCUAUGUUGUGAACGAGAUAGGGCUGGACACAAGGCAGACUUUUCACAACUGAUAUUCCACCUAAGAGCCGUCCUAGAAGCAUUCAGGCUUGGUAGCUUUUUCUUUGAUCAUGAUUUUAGCAGUCUAAAGAUAAAGAAUCAUGAUGAGUCAAGAAUGACUUUUGACCUAGUGACACUAAACUAACCUGUACAUGUGAUUUCAUCUCACAUUUCAGUAAUAGAUGUUGAAGUCUACUGUAGCUUAGUUGGGAAUUUCCUGCACCAGGGUAUACGUUUUGUUUGUUUUUCAUAAUUAUAAAGUGUAUGGUAACUUUUAGAAAUACUAAUGUGGCUGUGAAGUUUAUAACGAUAAAAAAUAUGGCUGUUUUUCCAGAGCUGGAAAUUUUUACUAUGGACCUUUUGCUGCACUCUUUUAAGAAAUGAAAAAUCCCACGGGGAAAUGUGCAAAUGUUACCGUGUCAUAAAACGUUCGAGAAAAAAAGGGAUGGGACCGGGGAUUAUUCAAUUUGCAUAUUCAUUGUUUCUGAAUUUUAAAAGAAAAUGGUCUUAAAAGAAAAGUUUUGGAUGAUUUUAAAAACUGAAAUCAUUGAUUGCCUACAAGGAACAUAGGUAUAUGUGCUGCUGUACAUCAACUACAGUUAAUAGUGGUUUUUAUUUUUUAAAUAUUUUAUACUGAUAUACGAAAUGAAUUAUACUCAUACGAAAUGAAGUACAUAAUCACUUAAUACAAUCAGUAAAAAGUUUGUUGAAAACCUGUUAAUGUUGUGUACUUGCAUCACAUGACAAUCUAGUGUUUACAGACUUGGUGAACAUUUACACCAUGUCAUGUAAUGUAUUUUUAAUAGAGCUUUAAAAAAAAAAAAAAAUCUGGUUAUUAUUUACGAUUAAAACACAACUCAAAAUUCUAAAUCUCCAGUAUUUUCUCUUGAUAAUAGCAAUGUCUUACACAGUAUAAUAUUUAACAAAAUAAUAACAAAAAAUUCAAAGCUAGGUGACUUUUAGUUAAUUUGUGCAAAGUAUAGUGCCAAGUUGUGGGAUGAUAUAAAUUAAGAAACAAAUCCUGUAUUGCUGGAGAUUAUUAUUCACCAUUGUGUGGCAGUAUUGUGUCAGAAAUAACAUAAAAUAGACUUUUAAAAUAUUUUCUGUUUCAGAAUAUGAAUUGUUUUUGUGAUGUAGUAUCAUUUCACUAACAGGAAGGUUUUAGGGCAAUGAACUGAAAUAUACUGGAGUGUCUUACAGUAUUAAUAAAGUAACUAGAAGGUUACUGUCAUGUCUUACAACAGCUGUUCCAUUUCAGUGCGGUCUGACAUUGGUGGUGUUUGUGGUCCAUUUUAAAAGUGGCUGUAAAACAUUGUCAUGCUUGAAAUAAACCACAAGUAAAAGAC